AUGGGUAUUUUCCUUUUCCUUAUUUUACGACACGGAGUAAUAUUUUCCGUUAACUUCUUUUUUUGUCCUCUACAUUUUGCUGUCUUCUUUCUUUGUCGCCUUCUUUCUCUCUAUCGUCUUCUUUCUCUCUGUCGCCUUCUUUCUCUCUAUAGCCUUCUUUCUCUCUGUCGCCUUCUUUCUCUCUAUCGUCUUCUUUCUCUCUGUCGCCUUCUUUCUCUCUAUCGUCUUCUUUCUCUCUGUCGCCUUCUUUCUCUCUAUCGUCUUCUUUCUCUCUGUCGCCUUCUUUCUCUCUAUCGUCUUCUUUCUCUCUGUCGCCUUCUUUCUCUCUAUCGUCUUCUUUCUCUCUGUCGCCUUCUUUCUCUCUGUCGUCUUCUUUCUCUCUGUCGCCUUCUUUCCCUCUAUCGUCUUCUUUCUCUCUAUCGUCUUCUUUCUCUCUGUCGCCUUCUUUCUCUCUAUCGUCUUCUUUAUCUGUGUCGUCUUCUUUCUCUCUAUCGUCUUCUUUCUCUCUGUCGCCUUCUUUCUCUCUAUCGUCUUCUUUCUCUCUGUCGCCUUCUUUCUCUCUAUCGUCUUCUUUCUCUCUGUCGCCUUCUUUCUCUCUAUCGUCUUCUUUCUCUCUGUCGCCUUCUUUCUCUCUAUCGUCUUCUUUAUCUCUGUCGCCUUCUUUCUCUCUAUCGUCUUCUUUCUCUCUGUCGCCUUCUUUCUCUCUAUCGUCUUCUUUCUCUCUGUCGCCUUCUUUCUCUCUGUCGUCUUCUUUCUCUCUGUCGCCUUUCCCUCUAUCGUCUUCUUUCUCUCUAUCGUCUUCUUUCUCUCUGUCGCCUUCUUUCUCUCUAUCGUCUUCUUUAUCUGUGUCGUCUUCUUUCUCUCUAUCGUCUUCUUUCUCUCUGUCGCCUUCUUUCUCUCUAUCGUCUUCUUUCUCUCUGUCGACUUCUUUCUCUCUAUCGUCUUCUUUCUCUCUGUCGCCUUCUUUCUCUAUCGUCUUCUUUCUCUCUGUCGCCUUCUUUUCUCUCUAUCGUCUUCUUUAUCUCUGUCGCCUUCUUUCUCUCUAUCGUCUUCUUUCUCUCUGUCGCCUUCUUUCUCUCUAUCGUCUUCUUUCUCUCUGUCGUCUUCUUUCUCUCUGUCGCCUUCUUUAUCUCUGUCGCCUUCUUUCUCUCUAUCGUCUUCUUUAUCUCUGUCGCCUUCUUUCUCUCUGUCGCCUUCUUUCUCUCUGUCGUCUUCUUUAUCUCUAUCGCCUUCUUUCUCUCUGUCGCCUUCUUUCUCUCUAUCGCCUUCUUUCUCUCUGUCGCCUUCUUUCUCUCUAUCGUCUUCUUUCUCCCUGUCGCCUUCUUUCUCUCUAUCGUCUUCUUUCUCUCUAUCGUCUUCUUUCUCUCUGUCGCCUUCUUUCUCUCUAUCGUCUUCUUUCUCUCUAUCGUCUUCUUUCUCUCUGUCGCCUUCUUUCUCUCUAUCGUCUUCUUUCUCUCUGUCGUCUUCUUUCUCUCUGUCGCCUUCUUUCUCUCUGUCGUCUUCUUUCUCUCUGUCGAUGUCUUCAUUCUGCUUCUCCUCUUCUUCUCCUUCUUACCCUUCUUUUUUUUUGUAUUCUUCUUCUUCUUUGAAUUUUUCUUCUUCUUUCUUCUCCUUUUCUUCUUCUUUGUAUUUUUCUUCUCCUUCUUGUAUUCUUCCUCUUCUACUCUUUCUUUGUAUUCUCUUUCUUUGUUUUCUUCUUUUUUGCAUUCUUCUUCUUCUCAUCCUUUUCCUAUAUUUUUCUUUUCCUUUAUCUUAUUCCUUGUUUUCUUUCUUUCUUUCUUUCUUUCUUUCUUUCUUUCUUUCUUUCGAAAUAAGAGCGUGUUUCUCCUGAAGUCAAGACCCUCUUCAAAAUGUUUGCCGAGUCAAUGA